CAGGGCCGGCGGUGGCGCAGGUGCUGCGGCAGCUGCGUGUCGUGGACCUGCCCUGCUACUGCGCCCUGCAGCAGCCCCAGCCCCACACCCCGCACCAGCCGCUGUCGCCGCUGAGCCCGCUGUGGUGCAGCUGGUACCAGUGGGCGGAGCUGGCGGCGGGGGCGGCGGCAGCAGCAGCAGCAGCGGCGGAUGCCAGCGGGACCGGCAUUGCUGGCAGCCGCGCAGUGGGAGGCGUGGCACAGCAGAGGGAGGGGGCGGCAGGAGCAGCCCCCACCGCCGCACCCACCACAGCAGCAGCCACCACGGCAGCUGGCACCACCGCCACCACCACCACCACCCGGCACCCCCCCGCCGCGCCCCACCCGCCCACCAUCAAAUCCCCACGGGCCACUGCCCCCGCCAAACCUCCACAAUCCCUCUCCCUACCUGCUGCUGCUGCUGCUGCUGCCGGAGCGACCCGCCGGGUCGCUCCAGGCAUGGCGGUGGCGGGACACAACGCCCCGGUCCGUGCCGCUGCUGCAAUGACCCAUGGGUCGUCCCAAGGGCCCUCGCUGGGUCCGCCUCCUCCUCCGGUUCUGGCCCUGGCCCAGCUGCGGCGGGUGGAUCCGGGGGCUGCGGCGGCGCUGGAGGGGCCUAUCAGGAGGCGCAGCGCCCUCCUGGGGGGGCCCAAUGCGCCGACCCUGUGGCGGCUGGACGGCGAUUCCGAGGUGUUCUACGCCCUGGGCUUCUGCCCCUCCGGCUCGCACUACGGGGACGGGCGGCAGGGCAAGGGAACGGGCGUGCGCGUGCUCUUCUCGCCACCCAACAACAGCGCAUCAGGAGCAGGUGGUGGUGGUGGUGGUGGUGGCGGCGGCGGGCGGAUUUGUGAGGAGCUGGAGCCGUGGACUUGGUUCAAGCGGUGGGGCGGUGAGGCGGCUGCGCUGCACCGCUGGCCCAACCGGGUGCAGGUGGCGCUGUGGGGGCCGCUGAGGGGCAGGACAAAGGCUCGCCAGUACGACGGCUUCCUGUGGUUGCGGUACAAGGACUGGCUGGUUGUCGUACACAACGCCAUGUGUAUGGAGGCCCUAGAGAGGUACGACAACGCCGGGAACGACAUGGAUGUGAACCUGCCGUACGCGGAUGACCCCCUGUCGUACUACCCGGCUACUGGCGCCGCUGGCGCCGCCGCAGCAGCAGGAGUAGCAGGGGGCCGGAAAGGGGGUGGAGUGCGAGGAGACAGAGGGCAGCAGCGGAAGCGGCGGUGGAAGCGCGGACGGGAG